AUGCUGUGGAAGUCCCUCAUUGUUCUUGGCCUGUCUGCGCUUGCCGCUGCCCAUCGUACACAUCAGCAUAAGCGCCAGGAGACCCGAGACCUCUCCCACUGCUCGCGGUCCUUGCGGGAGACAAAGGCGAAGCGCUCUCCGGAUUUGGAGAGGCGCAUGGACCUUAUGCACGGUGAGCAAAGCAUAGCGAAACGCUCGACCCUGGAGCAACGGGCGAUUUUCACUGAGUUGGCGAAUAACACGUGUGUGAUCAACCCCGAAGUCACGUCUGGUCCGUACCAUAUCGACGGCGAGCUUUAUCGUCGGGAUAUCCGUGACGGCGAGCCCGGCGUUCCGUUGUGGAUGGAUAUAGGUAUCAUCGACAUUGAUACGUGUGAGCCUCUCCCUGGGGUAUUUCUCGAAUUCUGGCACUGUAACUCCACGGGUUACUAUUCGUCGUACACGGGUAUUGACCCGGAUACGAUGCAAUACACGCUACCGACGAAAGAUGAUGGGACGACGGAUGACUUGACUUUCCUUCGUGGAUGGCAAGUCUCAGAUGAGAAUGGGAUCGCGGAGUUUCUUACCAUUUUCCCUGGCUGGUACAGUCCUAGAGCUGUCCAUGUACAUGUGAUUGCUCACAUAGAUGCAACUCUCGCGGAUAACGGAACGUUGAUCGGAGGAGAGCAAGUCCACGUCGGACAGCUCUUCUUCGACGAGGAUUUGACUUACGCAAUUCAUAACACGUCUCCGUAUACAGGGCACUCACAAACUAGGCGUCCCUCGAAUGACCACGAUCAAGUUUAUCCUCAAUCCAAUACUACGGCGUGGUAUCCCGUCGUCGAGAUCGUCCAACUAGGCAAAAGUUACGGUGAUGGACUAUUGGGAUAUAUUACCAUCGCGGUAUCUACGACGGGUAACACGACCACAUCAGACCCUGGAUUACACACCGGCGGUGGAAGCAACCCUACCAAUACGAUUGCUGCAAGUUUGUAUCCUUCUGCUUCCGCACAUGACGCCUCUCAGCUCGCUGUUGAAGCUUCGGCGACCUCUUUACAGGCUGCGUUUUCGAGUGCGGUGGCUGCUCUAGGAAAUGUUUAG